AUGCGUUUUCAACUGUCCUUCCUCAUUCCCCUGCUCUUCACUUCGAUUAACGCUCAUCCCAGAGGAAGACGAGCUGUUAGGGUAGGUGGAUUACUGUAGAAGCUUUCAGAUUUACUAUAGACUUUUCUAGAAUCGAAAUGAAGGAGACAUCAACUAUUCAUCAGGAAUCACUCAGUAUCUCUAUCAAGGAGACAUUGCUGUUAUGCCAACAAGGAGUCGGAGAGCAGUCAUUCGUCAAAAACAUAAGAAGUGGAAGCUUCCAAUGCCUUAUUCCUUCGAUAGAAAUUUUCGUGAGUUUGAUCGUAGUUUUUUAGUAAUUCAAAAAGACUUUUAAUUUCAGCUAGAAGAAGUCGUCAACGAGUGCUCGAAGCCAUGAGAUUCUGGAGUGAAAAGACCUGCGUGACCUUCGAAGAGAACCCCUAUACGUACCCCCAUGUGAACAUUUUCGAAGGAAACGGAUGCUGGAGUUUUGUUGGCAAACAGUCAAGUCUUAGAGAACAAUCUUUGUCACUAGAGUCAAGUUGUACGGAUCAUGUGAGUCUACGGAAACUGAAUUGCCGGAAUUAUGAAAAUUUUGUUUCAGGUCUUCGUUGUUGCUCAUGAGAUUGCUCACACGCUCGGAUUCUUCCAUGAACACGCUAGACUGGACAGGGACAACUUCAUUUCCAUUGAUUACUCUAAUGUGAAUCCAAACCUGACAUUUGCAUUUGCAAAGGUUAGUAACAGACCCGAAUUUCACGAGAGCAGCGCCUAAAUUUUGUAGUUUGUAGUCUAGCAGCCCCAAGUAACUGAGAGCAGUGCGCAAAAUAACUUUAGCAGACCCAAAUAUCAUUAAUAAUGGCACUUUUAAAAACACCAUUUUCAGGAAAGCGAAAAACAGCUGGAUCACCUGGAUGCUCCGUACGAAUACGGAAGUGUAAUGCACUAUUCCGUCGAUCAAUUUGCUCUGAACCCCAAUCGUCCUGUCAUUUAUGCCAGGGACAACAAGUACGCCCAAGCUAUGGGAAACAGGAUGCGGGCAACGUUCCAGGAUGUGACACGGAUGAACAACUUGUACAAUUGUCACGGUAAGCAUGUUUGAAUUAGUCACUAAUCAAAAACAAAACUGCGCAAAAGUUGUAAAAAUUAUCCUAAACAAAGGAACUUUUCAGAAAGAUGUGCAAAUACAGUAAACCGCUGCCAACACGGAGGAUACCCGAUGCCCAAUGACUGUUCCCAAUGUGUUUGUCCUGACGGAUUCGGAGGUCAAUUCUGUGAAACCAUCGAAUCUGCUUCAGUUGGACAAAGAGGGAAUUCGGAUUGCGGAGGAGAGCUCUGGGUAUUUUUGUUUUCUUUUCGUACAGAAAAGAACAUUUCACAAUUUUCAGGCUACCGAUAGACCCCAAACGUUCUACGGGGCUGUCCGAACUCGUGUGCACUCUAAUGCUGUCUUGGCUUCUCCCGAGCAUUGCUUCUGGCAUAUUCGAGUAGGAAAAUAGCCAAGAAGCUUCAAAAAAUCUCAGAAAUUGUAGGCUUCUCGUGGAAAAUCUGUAGAAAUUCGAAUCAAGAAUAUUAUUUCCCCAUGCUCAAUGGCUUGCUCUUUCAAUGCAUUGGAAUUAAAGCUGUCCAACUUUACGAUGACUGGAGCUAGGUAAACGCGUUUUCUAGUACAAGAAAAAUACAUUAUCUUUAGGUUUUGCUGUGACGAACACAUUUACACGACGAACUCCAAGCCGAAGACGAUCUAUUCGGAAGGACCUCUGGCUGUGAUUGGAGCUUAUGCCAGAUAUGACUACUUGGAUUUUAAUAUUGAGUAUCGGGCCGUUUAA